AUGAUCAUUCGACAGGUUCAUCAGUCAAAUCUCCAUGCAGGAAUCCAAAGUACUCUUCAGGCCAUUCGAACAAAAUUCUGGAUUUUAAACGGCAAGGAUCAAAUUAGGAAACUUGUCUGUCAAUGUGUUGAAUGCAUCCGCCAGAAACCAAAGUUGGUUCACGCUCAGAUGGCUGAUUUGCCUAGAGCUAGAGUCAACGAAGCACCAGCUUUCUCGCGCACAGGUGUCGAUUUCUUUGGACCAAUUCUCAUCAAGGAGAAGAAGGAUCGCAACCGAUCCUUCCUCAAGGCCUACGGUUGUGUUCGUUUGCAUGGUUUCAAAGGCCGUACAUAG